AUGGAAAACAUAGACCAACGUCCAACAAGUAAACUCAGUGACAAAACGCGAUUUGAAUAUGAGUUAGAAUUUAUUCAAUGUUUAGCGAACCCAUAUUACCUUCAAUACUUGGCGCAACACAAACAACUCGAGAAACCAGCAAUGGUACACUUCUUAAAGUAUUUACAAUACUGGAAACAACCAAAUUAUAUCCAAUUCAUUCAAUACCCAGCUUGUCUCUUUUACUUGGACAAACUUCAAAACCCGGAUUUCAGAAAGGCAUGCGAGAACCCCAUUUUGAUGAACGAAAUUAUUGCACAACACGAGUACCACUUUGCCUUUUAUAAGACAAAUCGAACUCCAAUUGUGCAAAGACCAAACGAGGAAAAGGUUGCAUCGUCUGUCGUACCCAAUUAA